AUGGAGGACGCACAUCCAUGGGGGGAAUACAUAGAUUUUUAUUUCGAUCUUGGUUUAAACUAUAAAGACAUUACGUCGGUGCUUGGUAGUAGACACGGCUUUCAUAUUAGUGAGAGACAUCUGAAGAGAGUUCUCAGCGCAAGGGGACACACUCGUCGCAAAGCGUACUCUGACCUCACAGCCUUGGUUGAUUUCAUUAGCAACGAGCUGCAGUACUCUGGACAGCUUCACGGAUACCGAUGGAUGUACGCUAAAUGCAGAGAACAUGGACUACGUGUAAGAAAAGAGGAUGUGCGCUUGGUAUUGAAGGAGAUGGAUCCCCGAGGAGUGGCAUUAAGGCAAGCAAGACGUCUCAGGCGAAGGAACUAUUUUUCCAAAGGACCGAACUUCAUCUGGCACCUGGACUCAUAUGAUAAACUAAAGCCAUAUGGCAUUUGUAUUAAUGCGAGUAUUGAUGGUUUCUCAAGGAAAAUAGUCUGGCUUAAUGCCUAUACAACAAAUAGUAAUCCAAAGGUUAUUGGGGGCUAUUACAUAGAAGCGGUACAGCGUUUAAGGGGCUGCCCUAGAGUUGUGAGGGGCGAUCUUGGAACCGAAAAUGGCCAUGUUAGAGGCUUUCAGCGUUUUCUUGUGCCCGUGAACCCAAAUGACACCCUUGACAGUUACUUGGAGGGAGCAAGUUCUGGCAAUCAAAGAAUUGAAUAUUGGUGGCGUUUUCUUCGCAGCCAGUGUCUGGAGUUUUGGUUGUCCUUGUUUGAAGACAUCAGAAACAAUGGAUACUUUGAUGGUGGAUUUCUGGAAAAAAACCUCCUUCAGUAUUGUUUUAUGGGCCCUAUCCAGGAUGAGCUGGAUGAGACUGCACAGGUUUGGAAUGCACACUCCAUCAGGCCAUCAAAAAACAUCAACAUCCCCAGUGGCCGGCCCAAUGUGAUGUAUACAUUACCUGAGCUCUACAGGACAAGAGACUUCAUUUGCCACGUUGAGGAGAAGCAUGUUGAACUGUGCAAAAAUGAGUGUGUUUUUCGGCAGACCAAACCAUGUGAUCAAGAUGUAUAUGAACUAUGCAGUAUCCUUAUGAGUGAGUCCCAUCGGACUCCACCAACAGACCCAUAUCAGGCUGUGAAUCUGUAUAUGCAUCUAAGAGAGGCCAUCAUGGCAUCACUGUAA